UGUAGUAGCUGUAGUAUGAAACUGCAAACAUAUUCAAAUUGUAAGUAUAUAGAUUUUUAAUACCAAUCAGGAAUAUAUAGUUUCCAUAUAAACAUUUUUAAAUUUCUGGUUCCAUGUGAUACGAGCAUCGACAGCUACACCUACUCUACUCUUUACAGCAACAAGUCUAUGCGAUACAUAUUACAAAUUACAAAAAGAAAAGUUAUAAAAUUUGCAAUUUACGAAGUUUUUUUGUGGCACCUAGAAAGCUGAAGUUUUCGUUUUUUUUUUUUUUUCUGUUUCCUUUGUUAUUUGCGAGAAAACUUGGUCGUCUAAAAACUACGUUCGAAUGCUGUUGAUAACAAUAUAGAGCUGGAAGCCAAUGGAAUUCGGAAUUUGUUAUAAAAUAAUUAAAAUAUUUCCAAUUAAUUUAAUGUACAUAUAAACAAAAGAUUCAGGUAGUAUGUUAAAUAGCAUAAACUGGCAACGCCAAUAUUUGCAGCUAGCAAAGCCGUUACGUUCCAGGCUGGCAAUACCGCAUUUAUGACAAGGUGGCAGCCCUUCAAUCGCUUUUGAAAAUCUGCCAUUGCACUUGUCAACUGCAAACAACGAAAAGUCGAAAAUGUUGUACUAUUUAAUAAAAUUUAUAAAGCUUUGCUUUAAUAAACCAAAUAAUUGGAGAGCGCACUAUGCCAAACUGAAGCGGGAGUGGACGAAGGAUCGCAUCGGAAAGCGCGUAAAUCAGACUGCGUUCGUUUCCUUUCAGUAUUUCCGAAAUCGUUCUUUGCUGCAUAAAACCGAUGCGCCCGAUGCGAAAUGUGACGCUGCCAGUUGCUUAAGGAGGCAACUGAAAUACAUCAUUGACCCCAUAGACCAGGCGCAGUAUUCAAUCGACGUGGCGAUCUAUCUGAUGGACUCCUGUGACAUUGCCGAUGCACUGCGUCGUGCCAGUGAGCGUGGAGUGAGAGUGCGCGUGGUCUGCUUCAAAAACUAUGAGUUGCUACAAGAGUGUUUCGACAAUUACGUAUUGCUGCGCAGACUAUCUGUAAUACGAAACCAAAUGCGUGAGAUGACGAUGCAUCACAAGUUCUGCAUCAUCGAUGGAUACAUUGCCACGCGAAAACAGAUGCCAAAGGCCUUGACCGUUUGCAUAACUGGCUCCAUGAACUGGGUGAUGCUGCCCAGAAACUGUGAAGAUUGCCUCGUCACCAGUUCGCCCAGGGUAGCCAAGCGACUGGAGCAGGAAUUCGAGCGCAUCUGGAUGUUGUGCGAGAUGCCAGAGAAUGCAAACUAUUUAAAAUAAUGUCUUAUUGUUUAUAUUUAAUAUUUUAUAUAUAAAUAUCCAUUAUAUAUAUA